AAUCAUGUCGAAAAAGUGAUAGUGUAGUAUGUCGAAAAAUGUCCUAGUAUUUCAUGCCUUUUUUCGACAUACUAUACUAUGAAGUUUUAACAACUUUUUUGACAUACUAUACUAGCUGUCUUCGGGGACAAGGAAAAAAUCCUAUGCGUCACAGAGGCAUCACCUUCCAAACCUUUCAGUCUAUCUUUGCUCCAUCUGUCUGGCUUCCUCUCUGACAACCUGUAUCACCAAAUGAUCUUAUCAGCUGUUACUUCAACACAAACUAUACAGGUGAUCUUUACUGAAAUUGAGAAUGUGAAUUAAGACUGGUCAGCCUAUUUGAAGUCCAACCCCCAACUGUAGACAUAAGUUUAUAUGAGCUAUUUCAGUGGUCAAAUGUAAACAUGCAGCUGUUUUCCUGUGCAGGUUUGCACAGUAAUGUUGUUAAUGAGAUAAACUCUGACGUCUUCAGCUAAUCCUGCUUGAGAACCAGAGAGGUCAUCAGUCAAAUCCCCAUAAGAGCAGACGGUGCAGAGGUGUUUAGCCUUCAUGUACACACACUGAAGUACUGGAAGCAAUGAAUGGAUACUAUCAGCUGACUGUGUCUGCAGCAGAUACUUGCAGAUAAAAGCCUCACUCCUGGUUCAAAAGGAAAGAAGAGCAACAACGCUGACUUUUGUCCUGGACUUUGAAAAAGUUGAGACAUCAGUGUAUAAAUCCUGUGAGCCGUCACAGAGCCGGGGUUACCCUACCUGCUACACCACACCAACAUCCUCGGCACUCUUGAAAUGGAAUCCAUAAUGUCGCUAGGUGCUCCUCUGAAGCAGUUCACCAGCUGCAUGUCAGGGAAAAGCACCUCCAACAAGAGAAGGCCCAGCCAGUCUGUCCGCAGAAGCAGCUUCACCCGCAGAAAGAGCGUCAGUAGGAGGAGAAGUCUUCCCUGCAACCCCCAGAAAGUCCCGGACUCCUGGCUCAGAAUGUACCAGGCUGACCUGAAGAGAGAAAGGAAACGACAGCAAGCCAUCUUGGCCAAGAAGAACGCAGAGAGGGUGGUCAGAAAAACUCACUUCCGGAGACACCACUGCCUGCCAAGGCAGAAAACCUCUGCCAGAAGAGCCCCAGUGAAGGACGAGUCCUUCUUCGGAGCCUUCCAAGGCCUCAGUCUGGACGGACUGAUGGGAGGUAGCACUGGAUCUCCUGCUAUCUCUGUGGCUCCUGCUGGUGGAGGAGAUCAGUGCAAUGUCAUGUGAGACCUAACAUUUAAGGACAAUUAGACUGUUCAAAUGAUCCUCGUGCGCAAGAGACUUGACGGACAAAGGGCUCAUGGAGGAAAGAUUGGAGUUGAAAAUAACAUGGAAGCUCACACCUUUUAUAACCCAAGAAAAGGGGAUUUCAUUUCUUUAGAUUUUUUCCUUUUUAGAACUAUUGCUUGUUCUUGAUGAUGGUUUCGCAUUGUACUCUGUAUCAUCCUUUGUACAAUUUCCGUGUCUACUUGUUUUUAUGACAUAUGAAAGUUACAGAGUUGAGCAAAUCUCUAUUGGUACUGUACGUUAGCCUUGAAUAGCUACAAUUUGAUUGAUCCAGUGUUGACACUUCCUGAACUGCUUUCAUUUUGUGGAAUCAUUUGAGACCCAAAGCAGAAACUAAACAGGUAAAAUGAUUUUAUUCAACAUAAAUAGGUAAUUAUGUGCAACAAACACCCGUCAGGUGUUUGGUUUUUAUUGACAGUAUUUUAAUGAAUACAUUUAAGACAUGCAGAACGAAGACACUAAAUACAAAACCUGCAUUUGUACUGUAGACUUAAAAUAUUUCUGUGUACGGUCCAGAAAUAUUUUUCUGUUCUGCUCCGAUCUCACAGCAUAUUCCAAGAUUUGUGUGUGUAAAUCCGGUCAGUAUUGGCUUGGUAGUGUCUGUAAUUACAACCAGAUCCUCAAACUGAUACCACAUACCUUUUAGCUAUCAUAAUCCAUACCUACCUUUUUAACUUUUCUGCAAAUGUCAUACUCAGCUUUGUAGACCACUGUAAGGUAGGCUUGUUAAGACCAUGUUUUAUUUAGUUUAAAAAAAUAAAGAACAAAAACAAUGACGAACCAAA